CUUCUCCUCCUUCUCCUGCUUCUUCUUCUUCUUCGUGUCCUCCGUCCUCCCGCCCGGAGUUUAUUCCAGUCGGUGACGAGGGAGCAGUAAGCAGGGAGGAACCGCCGCUCGUCUCUGUAUCUCCCCGCAGCUCCUCGCAGGAACACCGCCCCCCCCCCCGCCCUGCACCUGCUCCGGCUCCUCAUUGUUCAGCAUGACUUCGACGUACAGCCUGGAUUUCCUGCCUCUCUCCGAGAGUCGAUUAAUGACUUCCAGCGACGCGAUCAACGGCAACAGCGGCAAGAUGAAUGGGUCACUGGAACACCUGGACCAGCCAGAUCCAGAUGCUAUCAAAAUGUUUGUGGGACAGAUUCCCCGCUCCUGGUCAGAAACAGAACUAAAAGAACUGUUUGAGCCCUUUGGCGCCGUGUACCAGAUCAACAUCCUCCGUGAUCGCACCCAGAAUCCUCCUCUGAGCAAAGGAUGCUGUUUUGUAACUUUUUAUACAAGAAAAGCUGCACUGGAGGCCCAGAAUGCACUGCACAACAUAAAGACCUUAAGUGGGAUGCAUCAUCCUAUCCAGAUGAAACCAGCUGAUAGUGAGAAAACGAGUGCGGUGGAAGACAGAAAACUCUUUAUCGGGAUGGUUUCAAAGAAAUACGGCGAGAAUGAGGUCAGAAUGAUGUUCUCGUCCUUUGGACAGAUCGAAGAGUGCAGGAUUCUCCGGGGACCAGACGGCCAGAGCAGAGGCUGUGCGUUUGUCACAUUUGCUACCAGGGCAAUGGCACAGAAUGCAAUCAAAACCAUGCAUCACUCUCAAACUAUGGAGGGCUGUUCCUCACCUUUGGUGGUGAAGUUUGCGGACACGCAGAGGGAUAAGGAGCAGCGGCGUUUGCAGCAGCAGCUGGUGCAGCAGAUUCAGCAGCUUAACAGCGCCUCAACCUGGGGGAACCUGGCGGGGCUGGGAACGCUUACGCCACAGUACCUGGCGCUGCUCCAGCAGGCCACAUCAACCAGUAACCAAGGCAAUUUCAAUGGCAUUCAGAGGCUUGGAGCGGGUGUGAAUCCUCUUCAGCUACAGAACUUGGCCACAUUGGCUGCAGCGGCAGCUGCAGUUCAGACUUCUGGCAGCCCAGCUUCAACCAGUGCACUGACCACAAACAGUGGAGCCCUGGGGGCGCUGGGAAGUCCAGUUGGGUCAACAGCAUCCAGCGCCGGUGCUGCCAUGAGCACCUUGGCAUCUCUGGGCACGCUGCAGGGCCUGGCUGGGAGCUCUGUGGGCCUCAACAACCUCAAUGCUCUUACCAGCAGCGUUAGUGGUAUGGGGGCCAUGAACGGUGGGCUGGGAGCCUCCAUGGCUAACGGGUCAGCGGCCAGCACCAUGGACGCACUGACCCAGGCCUACUCAGGGAUUCAGCAGUACACGGCCUCGGCCCUGCCCUCCCUCUACAGCCAGUCUCUGCUGCAGCAGCAGCAGCAGCAGCAGCAGACUGUGGCUGGCGGUCAGAAGGAAGUAGGGCCAGAGGGCGCCAACCUGUUUAUCUAUCACCUGCCGCAGGAGUUUGGGGACCAGGAUCUUCUGCAGAUGUUCAUGCCUUUUGGAAAUGUGGUCUCUGCCAAAGUCUUCAUUGACAAACAGACCAAUCUGAGCAAGUGCUUUGGGUUCGUCAGCUAUGACAAUCCCGUGUCCGCGCAGGCUGCCAUCCAGGCCAUGAAUGGUUUCCAGAUUGGCAUGAAGAGGCUGAAGGUGCAGCUGAAGCGCUCCAAGAACGACAGCAAACCCUACUGAUCCUAGUCUGGGGCCUCCCCCCCUCCCCAGCUCUAAUACUAGCACUGCUAGGGUAAGUUCCCCCUCCAGCCAAGGUCACCACAGCAGAGACUCAGUGGGGCAAGUGAAAGGAGCCCACCACAGGAGGGAGACUCACCCUUUUCCUAGGGGGAAAAAUGGUUGCAAUGAUCCUUCCAUAUUUUGCUGUAUUUCAUUCCUGCAGUUUUAUCAUGUACUUUGAUGAAAUAUUUUAAUGUAUAUGAUUAUUUAUGACUAUCACUGGAGUCAGUGUUUGCUGGAGGUAUUUUGUGUCCUGUAUUUAGUAGAGAGCAUCAGGUGUGUUUCCAUACCACUUCAUUGCCUUCAGGUCAAACUUAGACGGGUUGACUAAGGAUCAGUUGUUUUUUGUUGAAGGGCUGAAGCAAAGCUGCAUAGACCCCCAAACCCCAGAUCUCCAACCUGCGUUUGGCUUUUCACGUGUAGUCUGUGUCAUCCGUACCAUCGUUAAUGUGAAAAUCUUCAGUCUUAGACUCCUCCAGUCCGUCGUCCCCUCAUCUGUCCUGUCUCCCCCGCCUCUUUGUCUCUCCUCUUUGAUUAUUCAAGCCAUGUUGAGCGAGGCUACCUCUUUCUCUAUUAACAACCUCCUCCAGUCAUUCCAUCCAUCCUCCACGUCUCCCCGAAAGGGACUGGGUCUAGAUGGAUCGCUGGGUGCCAAGUGUAGAGUGUAUGCAUGUCGGAGUCUGCCAUAUGUCCUGGUGGUGUCAUUUCCUUAAAUCUGUGUAUCGUUUUUUGUGUCAGGAAGAGGGUCUGUACGGACCCCCACUGUCCCUUUUUACUCUAUGUGGUGACUGGCAUUAUUUUUGUUGGUUUUUGUGCCUCAUGGCUAAACGAUUCUUGUGCUGUGCCCCUAACUUUCUCUUCUCUCCUCUCUGUUCUGUCUCUCCUCUCUUCGUGUUUUUGUUCCUUUUUUAGAACAAAUCUCCAUGCCUGUUUGCUCAUCAUUAGCCUAGCAUGUCUUCAUGAUGUUGAAAGCCAAGCCAAACCCCUGGCCUCAUCAUCCCACCAUUGUCUGUGAUGUCUCUCUAAGCUCGCCUGACCAAUACCUGGCCACCCACUGACUCUGACCUUAGCUCAACCUGAUUUUUCUGCAUGUGUAUUCAUUUGUUUUCUUUUUUUGCUUUUUUUGUUUUUCCUGUAUAGAAAUGUGAUGGGCAGGAGAGAGGUCAAACAAAAUCAAUGUGAAAACUUAACUGCUUUGAAUUCAUUUAAGAGAGAUUUUUGUUCUUGUUUUUUGUUUUUUUGCGAAUGUUUUAAAAACCUGUGGGAUUUCUUACUUUUUUUUUUCUUUUUAAAUGUUGCUUUCUUUUUACCUCUCUCACUAAAGUUCACUUGAAAGUUGAAUACAGGGAUUGGCACACAGCUGUGCUAUUUGGUGCCAUUAGCAAUAUGUUGGCUUCUUUGAAAAAAAAAAAAAAAGAGAAAAAAAAGAUGCUAUAGACUGCUUUCCAACACUUUUGAAAGUCUGACCAGGAAAAAAAAUCCCUCUCAGUGAUCUGUGUCGAUCUCUACAUUAUGUGGGCAGUGUGAAGAUUUACACCAAGGCUAUUUAAAGUAUAUUUUCUUUUCAUUUACAAAAUUAUCCAGUGUAUUAAAAAUCUUUUUUUUUUUUUUUUUUAAACUGUUGAUGGCACAAUAAAAGGUACAUUUGCUCUGUUGAGAGAAAUGACUACCUACAUGAGUCAACUUUUUUAGAACUGAUUCACAAAUAGACAAUCUGUGGUUUAAAUGCACACUUAGAUUACCUAUAUUUUAUACCAUUGAAUCUAUAGAAGUUUAACUAACAGAACCCAGGCACAACUUUGGGUUUUUUUGUAGAUUUAUGUUGUAAUGUCAUCUGUGUUGGGGGGUCUUCAGUAUAUUACAUUUUUAGAGGAUUAUAAAUCAGUUUGAUCAGCGUGACCACUUAAAGGUCACUUCUAGCAAACUUAUACAAUUCAGAAAUUCCUCUGCAGCAGUUAUAAUUUUUGACUUCUGGUUAAGUAAAAGGAUUAAUUAAAGUGUCGCAUUUUGAUGCUAAUUGUUUUCCUGCAUUUUUUUUUUUUUUUUUUUUUUGAAGAAGUGUUCAACUUCCAUGGUACGUCUCAUUAACUUUCUGUGAAUUUAUCUUCACUAAUUUUUUUCCCUUUUAUUUAGUUUGGAUGCCUCAUAAUGAGAAAUGAUUUACAAUGUCUUAGUCAUACAGAUGCUAGACAAAAAAUGUUCCUUUUUUAAAGUGCCCGUGUUUCAAACUCUGUGUUUUUGGAGUGCACAACGUUUUGUUUCUCCUGUGAUUACCAAUUUUUUCUUUUAUACACACAACACUUAGUAUGUUUGCAAACGUGGGAGCCCCUGAAGAGGAGAUCACUUGGACACAACGCACCCUGUGGGUCUCUGCACAUUUUGGACACAUUUGCUUUUUAUCUAGUCAUUUUGCGUUUUGAGUGACUUUGAGCGUCAGUUCUGCAAACCACACAGCACAUUAAUCGCGACAAAACCCGCCACAAAAGUGUUGGUUUAUGAAUACAUUCCAUUAUGAAGCACAAAGUUUACACUUUUUUAUCAGGAUGGCGCUGUUCUCCAUUGUGCUACACAUCGUUGAGACAACCCUGGUAAAAACACUUCACCCCUCACCCCCCAAAAAACCACAAAAAAAAUAAAAGGGUUUUUAAAAACUGCUUACCUGGUGGCGCUAAAGAGUUGUCAACUCAGGGCCCCCCCUUCCCCUCUUUUGUGUGUGUGUGGUAAAACUCGACACUCACGCAGGAUUACGACACAAAAUGCACAAUUUUCACCAUUUCACCCUAUUCACAUUUAUUUAUUUUUCUUUCACUUCUCAAAACCCAUAAAUAUUCCAAAAAAGACAAAGGUACCAAAUUUGAAGCGACUCUCGAGGGAGAUGUUAGUUUUGUAAGGAAAUGUUAAGCACAAUUGUAGGAGCUAAUCACUUUUGCAGAACGUGGGGUGUCUGUAUGUGUGUGUGUUUGCGCGUGUGUGUGUGUGGUUUUGAUCCCAGACUUUUCAAGGUACCACUGAUUUCUCUUUUUAAUAUGGGCACAUGCUUUUUAAGGUGUUUUUUCUAUCAAAAUGCAAUACAAUAUUCAAAGUGCCAUAUAUAACGUCUAGAAACUGCCUACACAUUCUUAUUAGGCCUUUUGUUAAGAGAUUGCUGCAGUUUGCCUUUUUCUUUUUCCCUUUUUUUUUAAUCUAUGCCAGUGUCAUGAAAGCUGUCACCUGCUAAUGUCCCGCCUCUCCUCACCCCUGCUUUGUGUUAUUGGUAAAUCUGUAUUGUGAUGUACUCAAUUUGAAGAGUUGGUUUUAAAAGAAGAAAUUGUAGAUAAACAAUAAACUUCCCUAUACAUUUGAAGGUUAAAUGUCUACUUUAGUGAGUGCGCACACAUUUACUUUUUAUUUUGUUUUUUUUUGAGGAAUUUCUUUUUGAAUUCAAAUCGAACGUGGGCUUAAGCGUAAGUGAAGAGAGGUCGGCUUGGGUGCCACGUUAAUAUUGCAGUCUAUGGUGAAGCGUUGGUGUCGGUUGGAUUUAAAAUUUAAAAAAAUAUAUAUAGAGAAAAUAAAAAAAGCACAAUGUUGGUCACAGCAGUCCCAACAGGAACUCGACUCACUUCAGGGGCUUCCAUCACAAAUCCUGAUCAGCUCUAACAAUCACUUUGACUCUUCUGUAGUUUCGCAUAUUCUGAAGUGCUAUUUUUGACAGUGUGGUAGCUUUGCAUUUCUCUAAAUAUUGUCUUGAUCUGACAAAAUUAAGAGUUAAAAAAAAAAAGAAAAGUUAAAAAAAAUCCUGUGUUUUCUUGUCUGAUACUCUGUAGGACUUUGUUCAUGUUCCACCAAUAAUUUAAUAGAUGUUUUGUCUUGAGGAAAGCCAAAGUGAAUGCAUCUUGAUGUGAUCUGUAUUAUACAGUCCAUUUUGUUUCUGUUCAGUAUAUAUCCAAUUUUUUGAAAGUGGGUGGGAUUUCUUUAAGGAAGAAAAAAAAGACAUACACAGGCUUUCCAAUUUCUACAACUGGUUGUUCAUAUGUAUUUUGUACCAGUGAAGCUUUUUAUAUUGGAAAUUAAAGAAGAAGAAAAAACUAUAUUGGAAGAAAAAAAAUUGUCUGGCCUCUCAAUGUGGCCUUGCCUUGACCAGGUCUCGAGUUUGGCCUCUUGGUGGUGUAGAGCAAUUUUUUUUUUUUUUUUUUUCCUUUCUGCUUUUGCCUCUAAAAGAUGCCUGAUUUUUGAUUUUACCUUGGAUCUCUACGUGUUCCUCACUUCGGUAAUCAGUUUCUGGGAGGGUUGGGAUCCUCUUAAGUCGUGGUAAGUUUCAUGUUAGUAUUUGUGCUGUCCACAUGAUUUAAUGGUCAGGAGUUUUUGACGAAUUUGUGUGGAUAACUGUCUUAGUUGAAAAGUUUAACUAUUUAGUUUGAGCCUUGCUUUUUACCUGUGUAGGGUUUUUUUCUUUCUCCUUCCCAUAGCAGAGUGUGUAGCUGAAAGACUCUGUGUUCUUUUUUUGAUCAAUGUUUGUUUGUGUGGUGUGUUUCUUUGCUUCUGUCUUCAAAUUAAACCAAUUCCCAUAAUAUG